AUGGGUAUACCUAUACUAGAGUUUCCCCAGAAUCCAAAAUGGGCAGGGCGACAGAAUUUCCCGAAAGCAGUCACGCCAUGCGCAGAAGGAAAGCAGGACUUUGCCGUCAACGUCAACACCGACGGCAGCUACAACGUCGUUGUCCAGGGAGAGGUCUGGCUGAAGAGCGCUCCCACCUUCUUCACAUCUGACAGUAAAGUCUUCACCACGGCUGAUGGAUCUCUGAAGCUGGUCAAGAACACUCAGUCCAGUGGUGUGGACUUCAUUGGUCAGUGGCAGUCCAGCAGCUUCUUGUACCAGGCAGGGACCAGUCAGAUCGAGUCCAGUUUUGUACAGUACACCCCGGAUAAAAGCAUCUUCACCUACAACAAUCCUGCCAUACCUUUCAUGCUGUUCAAACAGCGUUACAUCAACGGAGCUAACAACACUGCCACCAACGGUAACUACACCAUUUCUGGUUUUCCUGGAUUCCAAAUACAAGAGACCAAAUCUUCCUUUUGGGCUACCUUUGUUAUAGCGGCCUAA